AUGUCAAACACAGGCACUCCGGGUUCCACUCGGAAGCAUCAUGCUACCGGGCAUUCUUCCUCAAAUACCUUUUCGGGGCCCGGACACGGUCUGCACUCCCCAUCCCAUAGUGCCGAUGGGUCGGGCUGGACCGGCUCUGGUAAAACGCAUCGAGGUGAUGCGGCGUCUGGUGGCAUUUUGGGGUCUGCUCUACCCUCAUCACCCAAUCCCUCUGGGUUUGAUUGUCCUUCGUGGGAUCUGAGUAACUCAAACAGAGCGCAAUCCGGCGGCCCAAUUGCCUCGACUACAUCCUCCGGGACUGGGCCAUGUGUGUGGAUUGAUGAUGGACGCUUAUAUUGUGGACAAAAAUGGUAG